UGAUAUUUAUAGCUUGAUGACUGUUUAAAACUAGGUCGACAUGGUGUGGAAUUCCCCCAUUUAAACUGUGUUAACUUGAGGGUCUCAAGGAGGACAUUUAAACUGAGAUUCACAAUGGGGGACUGUGUUUUAUGGGGAGUUUUCCUUGUUUUGAUUCUGUGUCAUCAAUCGCACUCCUCAUGUGAAACUGUAGUCAAAGGUCUGUGCUUGGAAGAGACAACACAAAAUUGGACAGAAGCGUCAGACAGCUGUAACCUAGCUGUGUUCAACACACCCCUCAGUGUUGGUGUCUCUAUCCUAGGAGUCCCCAUCUUUGGUCACCGCAGACCUCAGGCGCAGAGAUCCGAGCCCCAUGACAUUCACUGGAUAGGGGCCACGGGAGAAUUCACACCGUGGUUUAAACUAUUAGGAUGCUUCCUGUAUCACUAUCUUACUUCAUUCAGUGGAAAAUUGACGGUCAGUUCAAGCAUUGGUCCAGUCACUGAAUGUCAUCAAAUAUGUGAAGACUGGAACGAGAACUACAAGGAAUUCGGCAUAAAUGAAACGCAUUGCUUUUGCAGAGAGAAUGAGGAAACGGAAAAGGGUGCUGUUCCAAACACGACCUGCAAACUUCAGAGUUCUGAAAACUUUUUCAAAGAUUUAGUUGGACCCAAAUAUGAUGCUGGGCGAGCAGGGAGUUACGAUGGAAUCGCCAUGUAUAGAAAAAUGAAUGAUGUCACAUAUAUAGAGGAUAGCCUAGGCGAGUGUCUGAUAGAGACAGAGGACGGCAAUGUGACGUAUCCUUGUGAUGCUGCAGAUAGUGUUGGGUAUAAAUGGACAGAAAGUCUGCAACGCCAAGAAAAUGGUAAUAUAAAGCUUCCAAGAUGGACUCCUUACAUACGUCGACUGAUUAUAAGUGAAAAACGAGUCAACAGCGCCUUGCAGAAUGGGACAGUAUGUAUCGGGAUUCGCUACCAAUCAAGGGCUUAUGAACCUAUACCUUUACCCUGCAGUGAAAGACGUACCUCCUUAUGCCACACUGACCCUAAGACAGGUAACAGUUCAACAACAGCAAAUAUAC